ACCAGAAAAAUCUGCAACUACACAAAAGAUGCCUAUUUAGUCAUAGGAUUGCCAUAGAUAAGCAAAGUUUAAAAUGACGGUUUUAUUAGAGUUAUUUACCGUGAUUGCAUGAAAGAUUUGAUUUCCAUUAAGUAUUACUUACAUGCAACAUUAUUAGUGAACUGUGUUCGUGAACCACAUCGACUACCUCCCUAUAAUAAUACUUGAAAUGGCAAGUACACAAUUGCAAGAUAUCAACAAUAUUCCUUUAGCUGACGAUGAUCCUCAAGUUAUUAUAAACGAAGAUCAAGAUGUCAGCAAUACAGAAUCUGAAAUACACUCAUCAAACAUGAUUCAUGGUAAAAGCAUGGACUCUAUUCAGUCAUCAUUCACCAAUGAUAGUUCAAGCCCUCAGCAUAAUAGUUUAGACGCAGAUAUAAGCCCUGAUGAACAGGAAGAAAAAGCACGUUUAAUUGCCCAAGUACUUGAGCUGCAAAAUACACUUGAUGAUCUUUCUCAGAGAGUGGAUAGUGUGAAAGAAGAAAAUCUAAAAUUAAAAUCUGAGAAUCAAGUGUUGGGUCAGUAUAUCGAAAAUUUAAUGUCAGCUUCUAGUGUUUUUCAAUCUACUUCACCAAAAAUUAAAAAGAAGUAAUUUGUAUAUCUAAAGCGUUUUUAACUGUUUGUUGUUUAUUUGGCUGAGCUCUAGUCAAGAAAGGAAAAUUAAAAGCACAAUUGAAUAUACAGAAAUGCAAUGGUAGGAGCCUCUUCUAUCAAUAAAAACACUUCACCUUUAAAAAAAUACUCAUCAGUGUAUUUUCCGAUUUAUUUAUUUUUUGCUUACUGCAUAAAUUAUUAAAUGUA